AUGUCUGCAGUGGAAGGUUCAGCAAUGCUUACCUCAUUUAUCAAUUUUUGCGGUCAAGGUGCACCGAUUGCAUCGAUCGGUUGCUACCUUGCACCAAUUCCAACUAUUCGUGAUGUCACGAUGACUGGAACUGUGGGUAGCCUACCAUUGCUACCCUAUUCAGCCAUGGUGUCCAAUGCCUUCAUGUGGACAAUUUAUGGUGUCUUGAAAAAGGAAUAUGCCUUGUGGUCUUGCAAUGGGGUUGGCUGUGUUUUGGCCGCCUAUUAUUGUCUACAAUUCACAAGCCAUAUCCCCAAAGCCAAACAAACCUCCAUUCUACAGGCUUCCACUCCCACUCUGCCGGGAACCGUCCAGCAACAUGCCCAGGCUGUCGCAGCCGUCAUUGGAAUCACGUCUCUCAUGGCAAUUUUUCAACCCUUUGCAAACACUGCCAAUUUGAUUGGGAAUGUAGCAGUGCUCUUUUGUAUCCUCAUGUUUGCCAGUCCCUUGAGUGUGAUUCGGGUUGUCUUGCAAACAAAAUCGGCCAAAUCCAUUCCUUUGCCCUUUACAGUGCUGACCUGUGUGAAUUGUUUCAUGUGGGUGAUUUUUGGUUGGUUCAAAUUGAACGAUGUCAAUGUGUACCUUCCAAAUAUAUUGGGGUUGACGUUUGGAUUGAUUCAAGUGGCACUGAAAGUGCAGUUUGGAGACAAGGAUGGAUUGCCAAUGUCUACUUCGGGUAUUGCGCCAUAG